AUGUCCAACAAGCCUGAUGAUCACAGCCAUAAAGAGCAGAGAUUAAAUGAAAUUUCACUCCAAAAAUACCAAGAAGCAAACCAAGAUCAAAGAGCUAAGGCAAGUGAUGGCAUUGUUAUCAAGGAACCAACCGAGGUGCAGAAGAUUCACAUGAUGGAAGAUGUGCCGGGUAAAGGGAAAAACAAAGUGGAAGAGGAAACCAUACGCAACAACAACUACAAGUUUGGACAGGACAUCACCAAAAAGAAGAGGUCCAAAGCUAGAAAAAAGAAUCAAAACAACAACAACAAAGAAAUCCAAAUCCAAAACACUUUCCUGGAAGAAGGCCAACCAAGUAACAAAAAGGCAGACACAGUACAUAAAUCCUCGGAACAAAAGGCCAGCAACAAGGAAGAUAACAUUACUCUCCUUGAUAAUGAUCAAAAAAGUAGACACUCCUUCCAGAGGGAUUUCAACAAUGAUAAGGACACUACCAAACUCACUGAUGAAGAAGCCAACAGUAGAAAGGACACAGAAGCAAACAACACCAAGAAUAAUCAACUAAUUGAUCCAGGAGAUGUGCAUAACACAUAUCUGAAACUUAUAAGUGGUACCAGCUUGGAAGAGGAUAAAGAGAGUGAAGAUAUGUACAUUACUAACAACUCUCACAUGGCAGAAUCUUCCUUCGAGGAUGAUGGGGAAGAGGAUAGCACAGAAGAUGGUGACUAUGACGAUGAAAUGAGCACUGAAGAAUCUGAUGAGUUUGAAAGUGUAUAUAGUGAAAGUUUUCAGACUGAGGACCAACCUAUAAACCACACUACUGAUGAAUAUGCUGCCCAACUUAUUGAAACCUUCAACUCUAAUGCUCUAGUGGUGGUAAAUGUAAGCUCGAAAAUAGAUAAAAUUGUGGAAAGAAAUCACUUAUCUCCUAGAGGUAGAGGAAGAGGUAGAAGUAAUGCUUUCGGAGGCAGACACAACUCAAGAGGAAGAGGUGGCAGAUUCACCUAUCAGCAAGCUGUGGUUAUACCACAGGAGCAAAACCUCUCCAAUUGA